AUGGGAGGGCCUUUCCUGGAGGUUCGGAAAAUCGCGAAGCGCUUCCCCGGGGUGGUGGCGCUUUCGGGAGUGGAUCUUCAGGUGAACCCUGCCGAGGUCGUGGCCUUAAUCGGCGAGAAUGGGGCUGGCAAAAGCACGCUGAUGAAGAUCCUCGCGGGGGUUCAGAGUGCAGAUGAGGGAGAGCUCUUGGUAGAGGGAAAAGAGAUUCGUUUUUCGCGAGUGCAGGAUGCGCAGAAGGCGGGGAUUGCCUUGAUCCACCAGGAACUCAAUCUGGCAGACAAUCUGACGGUGGCGGCUAAUCUAUUUUUGGGGCGCGAACCGGGAAAAUUCGGUUGGAUUGACCAAGGUUUGAUCGAGCAGGAAUCGAAGCGGGUUUUGGAAAUGGUCGGGCUCGAGGUAUCGACCGACACCUUGUUGAGUGAGCUGACUCUGGGCAAACAGCAAUUGGUUGAGAUUGCCAAGGCUCUGUCCACGGAUGCCAAGGUCAUCAUUAUGGACGAACCGACAUCGAGUCUGUCGAUGAGCGAGUCCGAGCGUCUUUUUGAAGUGAUUCGUGAUCUCCGUGAGAACGGGGUUAGUGUCAUUUACAUUUCCCAUCGGCUGGGAGAAGUCCAAGCGUUGGCUGACCGCGUGGUGGUAUUUCGUGAUGGCGAGAAUGCGGGCGCGCUUGAGAGGAAUGAGAUUGAUCAUGAUGCCAUGGUUCGCAUGAUGGUCGGGCGUGAUGUUUCGCAAUUUUAUCAGCGAACAGAGCAUGACCUUGGAGAGGUGGCACUCUCGGUUCGGGGAUUGCGGACGGUGGAGCAUCCGGGAAACGAGCUUGAGUUUGAAGUGCGAGCGGGCGAGGUGGUGGGAGUGGCUGGCUUGGUUGGCGCGGGCCGGAGUGAAAUGUUGGCUGCUUUAUUCGGAGCUCAGCCUGCACUUGGUGGUGAAGUUUCAGUCGGAGGACAGGGAGGAUUGCCAAAAUCACCGCGAGAGGCUCUCGGGCGUGGAUUGGCGUUGGUGCCGGAGGACCGGAAAGGGCAGGGUCUCAUUCUGGAUAUGGCGGUGAAGGAGAAUAUGAGUCUGGCUUCGCUUCGGCGGGACGCGAGAGGGCCGUUUUUGAAUGCAGGAAAGGAGGAGGAGUUGGUGGAAGAAAUGAUUUCGGCUCUCAGUGUCAAGACACCGGGAUCGUGGCAGUGGGCCCGGUUUCUUUCCGGGGGCAACCAGCAAAAAAUUGUACUGGCCAAGUGGUUGGCGCUAAAGCCAAAGGUGUUGCUUCUUGAUGAACCGACGAGGGGAAUCGAUAUCGGAGCAAAGGAGGAAAUCUAUCUCCUGAUGGAAAAAUUUGCCCGUGAAGGGAUGGCGGUCCUUUUUGUCUCGAGCGAGAUGGAAGAGAUUAUGGGGAUGGCGGAUCGGACGCUCGUAAUGCACGAAGGGCGGAUCACCGGGGAAUUGGCCCGUGAAGACUUUAGUGAAGAAGCCAUCAUGGAAUUAGCGACGGGCGGGCAACUCAACAAAGCAAAAUAA